GACGGAAACCCGGCAGGUCAGGGCAUCCUGGUAGAGUUAUGGAAGUGGUUAAGUGUCCGCAGCACGAGACCGUCUGCUUCUUAAAGACCGGCGUCCGCGAUGGCCCGAAUAAGGGAAAGAGCUUCUACGUGUGUCGGACGAACGCUUGUGGCUUCCUGCUGGCCACCGAUAUUCCUGUUUCUCAUUGUUUAUUGCAUGAGGACUUUGUGGUAGAGCUUCAGGGUUUGUCCCUACCACAGGGCAAGAAAGAAUGGAGGCUGUUCUUCCGGUGUGCGAAGGGGAAGGCGGAGGGGAAGCACUGGUGCGGCAGUGUCCCGUGGCAGGACCCUAACCCUAAAGAACACUCUGUAACCAGUAAGCCUGCCAAGGCUUUGGAGACAUUUCCUCGCUCUCCCAGCCAGCCUAGAAACCCAUUCAGGGUGCUUAACAAGAAUCAAAAACCAGCGCUCUGGAAAGAGGUUGUCGAAGGACAAGAGGAAGCAAAAACACUUGAUAAGAAGCUGAGACAAAACAGAGAGCAGCUCUUGGACCAAAAGAAAGAACAGAAGCCAAAAUCUAACUGCUGGAUGGAGAAGGAUGCCUCCUCCGACCUAGUGACAAAGAGACAGUCUGGAGGUGAAGGGAAAGAACAAGAGAAAACAAAGUUCCAGCCCCAAGCCAAGGGGACUGAAGGAAUGGCUUCCAAACAAGGCCAUGGAGAUGUGCAUCAUGGAACGCCCGAGGCUCCUCAGAUGUCAGCACGUGAGAGCCGAGAAGUCCCAAGCAAGGCAGAACCUCUGAGAGAGAAGGAAACCCAGCUUUUGCCUCACAGUGUUCCUGGUCACAACUCAGAAAGCAAGGCCCAGAAGGAGGGAUGCCUCAGCAGGACGCACCUCAAGAAUGGGGAAGCCCAAGGCAAAACAGAGUCAGACGCCCCCAGUGCACAGCCCUCCCAGAAAGAGCUGUCCCAGGGGCCUCUCCAGGCUCCUUCCAAGACUUGGGGGCCUGCCCCCAAAGGACCAGUAGCCCGUGGGCUCUGCGUAGGACCGGUACACCAUUCUGAUUCCAGCAGCGAUGACAGUGAGGAGGAGGAGGAGGAGGAUGUUUCCAGUAGCCCAGGGUCCCCACUUCUCUUCGACUUGACUAUGGCCUCACAGAAGAGGGAGAACGUUCAACCUCCUGACCCAAGUGUGCAAAGACAGAUACCCGCUGUUUUAGGAGUUUCCGAGAAAGGAGGCUCAUCUGACCCAGCAGCCCAGCGUGCAAACCUUACAUCACAGCUGAGACAGAAGAAGGGCACACUAGCUGCAGUGAACAUCCAGGCUCUCCCGGACAAGGGCGAGAAGCUGCUUAAGCAGAUCCAGGCGCUGGAGGAUGCACUCAGUGCUCUGGCGCUCUCCCCAGAGCCCGGAACUAGGGGAGACUGCAGCCCUCGGGAACCAGAGCAGAGUAACAUCGCCCAAACUGCUGCUGACCCUGCGUACUCUGUGCCUCCCAAGCCCCUUCCCAGGCAGGAGACCCAGCUUGCAGGCUCUCUAGGACUAAAGGCAGGCUGCCAGGGAACUUCUGAGGGAGCCGGCCGGUGCUCAGGAGGCCAUCCAAACCAACAUCGCCUUUUUAAUGUGUGGAAAGUCACGAGUGAAGCUAUCGAUGAGCUGCAUCGGUCACUGGCGUCUUGUCCUGGUGAAACAGCAGUGGCAGAAGACCCAGCCGGCUUGAAGGUCCCUUUACUACUGCACCAAAAACAGGCGUUAGCCUGGUUACUGUGGCGGGAAAGUCAGAAGCCUCAAGGAGGGAUUUUGGCGGAUGAUAUGGGCUUAGGAAAAACUCUGACGAUGAUCGCGCUCAUCCUAACCAAGAAGAACCAGCAGAGAAGCAAGGAAAAGGACAGAAGUGUGCCCGUGACGUGCCUUACCAAGGAUGACUCCUCUGUCUUCACUUCCAACGGAACACUGAUUGUCUGCCCCGCUUCCCUGAUCCAUCACUGGAAGAACGAGAUAGAGAAACGUGUGAACAGCAACAAACUCAGAAUCUAUCUCUACCACGGGCCAAACCGGAGUCAGCACGCAAAAGUACUGUCUACGUAUGACAUCGUGAUUACUACUUACAGCCUUCUGGCCAAGGAGAUUCCCACAGCGAAGCAGGAGGGAGAGGUCCCGGGAGCACACCUCAAUGUGGAGGGCAUCGCAGCGCCUCUGCUUAAAGUAGUCUGGGCUCGUCUCAUACUGGAUGAAGCUCAUAGCGUGAAAAAUCCGCGAAUACAGUCAUCCAUUGCUGUGUGUAAGCUGCAAGCGCAGUGCCGGUGGGCUGUCACUGGAACCCCUAUUCAGAACAACCUGUUGGAUAUGUAUUCACUGAUAAAGUUUCUCCGCUGUUCCCCAUUUGAUGAGUUCAGUCUUUGGAAGAGUCAAGUUGACAAUGGCUCAGUGAAAGGAGGAGAGCGGUUAAGCAUUUUAACCCAGAGCCUUUUGCUGCGGAGAACAAAAGACCAACUGGAUUCCACUGGUAAACCUUUGGUGCCACUGCCCCUGCGUAGAUUUCAGCUACACCAUUUGAAACUUUCGGAAGACGAACGGGCUGUUUAUGACGUCUUUCUUGCAAGGUCAAGGUCAGCUCUCCAGUCCUAUCUAAGGAGACAAGAAGGUAGAGGCAGCCAGCCUGGCAAAAGCCCCGAUAACCCAUUCAGUAGAGUGGCUCGGGAGUUUGGGUCCAGUGUGCCCCAGUGCUCCGCUGCAGCUGACUCACAGAGGCCCAGCACUGUCCACGUCCUGUCCCAGCUUCUGCGACUUCGCCAGUGUUGCUGCCAUCUUUCUCUUCUGAAGUCGGCUCUGGACCCGACAGAACUGGAGAGCGAAGGCCUCGUCCUGUCCCUGGAAGAACAGCUCAGCGCUCUGACUUUGUCCAAAAUCGAUGUCUCAGAGCCGUCACACACUGUUAGCCUUAAUGGCGCGUGCUUCAAGGUGGAGCUUUUUGAUGACACACGAAGGAGCACCAAGGUGUCCUCUCUGCUGGCAGAACUGGAAGCAAUCCACAAUGGCCCAGGCUCCCAGAAGAGUGUCAUUGUCUCUCAGUGGACCAGCAUGCUGCAAGUGGUAGCACUGCACCUUAAGAAGCAACGACUGACUUACGCCACCAUCGAUGGCUCUGUCAACCCCAAACAGAGAAUGGACUUGGUGGAGGCGUUUAACCACUCCCAGGGGCCUCAGGUCAUGCUAAUCUCACUCUUGGCUGGUGGUGUUGGACUCAAUCUGACUGGAGGAAACCACCUCUUCCUUCUGGACAUGCACUGGAAUCCCUCACUUGAAGACCAAGCUUGUGACCGGAUUUACCGAGUAGGACAGAGGAAGAAUGUUGUCAUACACAGGUUCGUCUGUGAGGGGACGGUGGAAGAGAAGAUCUUACAACUCCAAGAAAGGAAGAAAGACUUGGCCAAACAGGUCCUUUCAGGGUCCGGAGGAUCUGUCACCAAGCUCACACUGGCUGACCUCAAGAUCCUCUUUGGCAUCUAGCAUCCCC